UGUCAGUGAGGAAAGAGGAGGGGGCGGUAUAAGUGAAGACGGAAUAGCAGAGCGGUGAUCAGCCUAUAGAGGGGGAGAGGAGCCGGGGGAGGCCGCUGUGUACCAGGAAGCUAUGAACUGAGAGCUGUGUCUGAAGACUGUUUUUCCUGGUAAAGAUCAACUAUGGAUGACACCGAAUAUGGGCGUUUUGUGGACUGGGAUAAGAUGGAGAGUGGGGGCCAGGAACAGAGCCCCAAAGUACUAAACUGUAACGAUUUACAGGAACUCAAACAGCUGUCUCGUCAGGGGUAUUGGGCCAAGAACCAUUCUCUACGGGCAAAGGUUUAUCAAAAACUUAUCAAAGACAUCCCUUGCCGCACUGUGACACCGGACGCCAGUGUGUAUCGAGACAUUGUGGGAAAAAUAGUGGGCAAGAGAAAUUCGACUUCGUUACCGCUACCUGAAUUUGUUGACGACCGUCAGGUUCCCACCUACUGUCUUAACUCCGAAGGGGUUGGAGCAGUCAGGAAAGUCAUAAUGUGUAUCUCAAAUCAAUUUCCAGAUAUCUCCUUUUGUCCUGCUCUCCCUUCCAUUGUGGCUCUUCUUCUACACUACAGCCAGGACGAGGCAGAAUGCUUUGAAAGCGUCUCUCGAAUAUUGGCCUGCAAUGACCCCAACAGGCGGCUUGUCGACCAAACCUUUUUAGCAUUUGAGUCUUCAUGCAUGACGUUCGGGGAUCUGGCAGGCAAAUACUGCCAGGGACCUCACAAGCUCAUGGUAGCAGUAUCUGAAGAUGUCAUGGAGGUAUACUCAGACUGGCAAAGGUGGCUUUUUGGAGAAUUGCCCUUUAACUACGUCACAAGGGUGUUUGAUGUGUUUUUAGUGGAAGGUUACAAAGUUCUCUUCAGGUUAGCAUUGGCUCUCCUGAAAUUCUUUCAUAAAGUAAGAGGUGGACAGCCUAUGGAGUCAAAUAAUGUAAAAAGAGACAUCCAGGAAUUUGUGAGAGACAUCGGCAAAUCUGUGUCUCCAGAAAAACUCCUGGAGAAAGCCUUUGCUAUCCGACUUUUCUCCCGUAAAGAGAUACAGUUACUUCAGAUAGCCAAUGAGAAAGCUCUGCAGCAGAAAGGCAUCACCGUAAAGCAGAAGAGAUUCAAGUCUCCUGUCCGACAGAACGUCCACUUGGCUGUAGAUGCCGAAAACUUCAAGUCUGAGAUUGUGAGUGUGAAGGAGAUGCGAGACAUCUGGUCCUGGAUUCCGGAAAGGUUCGCCCUCUGCCAGCCGCUGCUGCUCUUCACCAACCAGGAGCAUGGCAAUAGCCUCGGCAGGUUUUUCUUGCAUUGUGAAGGACGUGAGCCCACCCUACUCCUGAUCAAAACCAGUAGCCAAGAGGUGUGUGGUGCAUAUCUGUCUACUGACUGGAAUUCACGUAAGAAAAGCGGAAACAAGCUGAGCUUCUUUGGAACUGGAGAGUGUUUUGUUUUUCGGCUUCAACCAGAGGUGGAACGCUACGAGUGGGUGAUCAUAAAACACCCCGAGCUCGGCAGAGUAAGUGCAGCAGCAGCAGCUGACCAAGAAUCAAACUCUUCCCAAGACACUGCGGAUGGCACGGACCCUUCUGAUCGCCUGUCUCCAUUCCUGGCCACUCGCCACUUCAACCUUCCGUCCAAAACAGCCUCCAUGUUCAUGGCUGGGAGCACAGAAUGCAUUAUCAUAGGUGGCGGAGAUGGACAAGCUUUAUAUUUGGACUCUGAUCUGAAUUAUGGAAGAACCAGCCACUGCAACACCUUCAACAACCAGCCUCUGUGCUCCGAAACCUUUCAGGUGGCAAUAAUAGAGGUGUGGGGUUUUGAGGACAAUCUCCACCAUGAGGAACGUCCCUCAACCUUACAUUGAGUCAUUUCUCAAUGACCCAUGUCGCCAGCGCAGAAUUCUGGGACAGCUAAGCAGGUACACGGGAGGUCUGCUGGAGUUGCUGUUCACUACUGGUUCUUGUCUGAUGGACUAAAACGUGUAUCUGUUGUUGUGUUGUACAAAACCACACUAUGACCUCUGAGAUUAAUGAUGGAUGUCUGUUCAAGUAACAUCAUCUUCAUUCCAUUGCAUAUCAAGAGUUCUUAUCAUGUAGACUUUGCACCAGGGAACUGUGACUUCCGCCCAUUCCAAGUGUGUUUGCUGUGUUAUCUGUGUGCUUGUCACAUACAGCUAUUUGUACUGUCUUUGUGUAUUUGUGUAUUCAGUCUUUCCUUCUCCUCCCUCAGAAACCAGCUAUCAUUGUGUAACCUUAAAAAGAACAAGAGUCUGGAUAGGGGAUUAUUUCACUUGUCCCGAGUCUGUCUCCGUGUUGGAAAUUUUAGGAAUAAAGUGAAUCUCAGGCA